GCGCAAGCAACGGUGCUGAUGCGCUGCGUCUCGAGCGCACGAAAGUAGCUCAGAUGACAAUGGAAAGACAACGCUGAAAAAAUGUGUUUCAAGCAAGCAAAAUAUAAUUCGAUUGCAAAAGUGAAAUGUGAAAUGCAUUGGCGAGUGACGAAAACUGGUUGAAGGCAGUUGGAAAAUAAAAACGAGUUUUUUAGUAGAAUUCUUUUAAAUUUUUCGAAAAGAAAUGGGAGACUACAAUAUAACAAAAUAAAUACUCAAAAACUCUUUGCAUACAUUUAGGCGCUUUGCCGCCACAACCAACUACCAAGUCAAUGACACAAGUCAACAACGCAAAAAAUAGUGGCACACAUACAACUACAAGCAUCCAGCAAGCAUUACAACAACAAAAACACACACACACUCAACAGUAAAACGUGCGCAAGGCGAACAUCGUCGCUGCACAACAUUUGCGCUCUCAAGCGCGCGCUCAGCUGGCGCGCGACAAACUCUCAGUUGCGGCACGCCGCUGUCAAUUAAGGGCCAAGAGCCUUCAUGCUACGCUGCCAGCUGUCACUUAUUGCUGACGUUUACUCGCCACUUGUAACAGACUUUUAGUACAUCGGUUUAGUACACAACUAGCGUAGACGUCACAGCAAAGGCACUAAUAAAACGCAACAACAAAAACGAAACGCGAAGGAGCGCAACACAAAGUACCAACAACAACUAAACCAAAUAAACAAUAGAACAUAAAAAAAAGCGAAAUUCACGAAGCGUGCAGAAAGCAAGUGCAGCGAAAAUAGGCGGUAACCGCUGCUGCAACCGGCUCUAGGGCAAAUACAACACAACAUACCAGAUACAUAUGUAUAUGCGCUCCUCGUAAAAAUCUUUCACACGCCUGUAGUUAUGCAUUGCAAUUCAGCGGAAGGUUAAUCAUUUGUUUAUGAGUGUGUGCGUGUGUGUGAGCGUAUUUGAACUAUUUAAUUCUUUUAAACGCUAUUCAAUGCAUUUGCUCGCCCAUAAAAUACGCACAGUGUAGAGAAUGUCGUCACUACGCAAUUUAGCCACUUUUUGGCUAAAUUGCAAAUUUGUUUGCCUUCUGAUUGUGUUUUUGUUGCUGUGCGAGAGUGUCGUUCAGGUGCACGCGAAUCCGGAUGCCAAACGACUCUACGAUGACUUGCUCAGCAAUUACAAUCGCCUCAUACGACCUGUCAGCAAUAAUACGGAUACUGUUUUGGUAAAGCUCGGAUUGCGACUGUCACAGCUGAUCGAUUUGAAUUUAAAAGAUCAAAUUUUAACAACUAACGUUUGGCUCGAACACGAAUGGCAGGAUCACAAAUUUAAGUGGGAUCCUUCGGAGUAUGGCGGUGUAACGGAAUUGUAUGUGCCAUCGGAGCAUAUUUGGCUGCCGGACAUAGUGCUCUAUAAUAACGCCGACGGUGAAUACGUUGUCACCACCAUGACAAAAGCCAUCCUCCAUUACACGGGCAAGGUGGUUUGGACUCCGCCGGCCAUUUUCAAAUCAUCCUGUGAAAUUGAUGUGCGCUAUUUUCCGUUCGAUCAGCAGACAUGUUUCAUGAAAUUCGGUUCGUGGACUUACGAUGGUGAUCAGAUUGAUUUAAAGCACAUCAAUCAAAGGAACGACAAAGAUAACAAGGUCGAAAUCGGCAUAGAUCUGCGUGAAUAUUAUCCUAGUGUGGAGUGGGAUAUACUGGGUGUGCCUGCAGAGCGGCAUGAGAAAUACUAUCCCUGUUGUGCUGAACCAUAUCCAGACAUCUUCUUUAACAUAACGCUACGUCGCAAAACUCUCUUCUAUACCGUUAAUCUCAUUAUACCGUGUGUGGGUAUUUCAUAUCUUUCGGUGCUGGUAUUCUAUCUGCCCGCCGAUUCUGGUGAGAAAAUCGCUCUGUGCAUCAGCAUUCUGCUCUCACAGACUAUGUUCUUCCUGCUGAUCUCCGAAAUCAUACCGUCAACAUCGCUGGCUCUACCACUACUCGGGAAAUAUCUACUUUUUACUAUGCUGCUGGUGGGGUUGAGCGUUGUCAUCACCAUCAUUAUACUCAACAUACACUACCGCAAACCGAGCACACACAAAAUGGCGCCAUGGGUGCGUGCCUUCUUCAUCAAGCGCCUGCCGAAGUUGUUGUUGAUGCGCGUACCCAAGGAUCUGCUGCGCGAUUUAGCCGCAAGUAAAAUCAACUAUGGCACCAAGUUCAGCAAAACCAAGUUCGGCAAGGCGCUCAUGGAUGAGAUGCAAAUGAAUUCGGGCAGUUCCAGUCCGGACUCGCUGCGCCGCAUGCAGGGACGCAUGGGCGGAUUUGGCGGUGGUGGCUGUAAUGGACUGCAUGCAACCAGCGCCACGAAUCGCUUUAGCGGUCUGGUGGGUGCUUUGGGUGGCGGCUUAAGCACGCUUAGCGGUUAUAAUGGCUUGCCUUCGGUGCUUUCCGGUCUGGACGAUUCACUGAGUGAUGUGGCGCAACGCAAGAAGUAUCCCUUUGAGCUGGAAAAGGCUAUUCACAAUGUCAUGUUCAUACAGCAUCACAUGCAGCGACAAGAUGAAUUCAAUGCGGAAGAUCAAGACUGGGGUUUUGUUGCCAUGGUGUUGGAUCGUCUCUUUCUCUGGCUCUUCAUGAUUGCAUCUCUAGUGGGUACAUUCAUGAUUCUGUGCGAGGCGCCCUCACUUUAUGACGACACAAAACCGAUCGAUGUGGAACUAUCGGUUAUUGCCAAGCAAAUUUACAACUUAACCGAAAAGAAAUCUUAAGUUAAAAGAAAAUCAUAUUUGACAUGAAACCAUUUAUAAAUUAAAUGGACAUUAAUGAAGCGGAGCUUAAUUAAUUAAACACUGUAAAGAAGGGCGCUCAGUUUGCUAUCUAAAAAGAAACGAAAAAAUUAUUCCACAAGCUAGUUAUUAGCUAAACCGAAUGUAAUCCGGAACUACAAUUACGAGUUUGCUGAGUGAAAAAUACUACUGAUGCUGAUAAACUAAAAUAAUUAUUAAAACAAUUUAAAAAAAAAAUUUUAUAGUUAGUAAGCACAUUGAAUCACUAAAAAAUACGAAAAGGCAUUUAAA